CCCAAAACCCUACUUGUUAAAACCUCUCCUCUCUAUCUCUUCCAUUUCUGCUACAGUCCGACUCACUGAGUGAACUCUGUGUGUGUGUGUGUUCAUUUUUCAAUUGUAAUAGAGGAUGAAGCUGUAUUAGUAUAGCAGAGAAUGGUUAAUCAAACAUGGUGACUAAGCAGGGUGUUGGCAACAGACAGCAGAAUUCUCAAGGGUUCAAUACGGCUGUGAAAGGGAAGACUAUGAAGAGAAAGAAGCAACAGGUAAAGUAUAUUGAUAUUGAUAAUGAUGGUGGUCAUAGUCGGUAUCGGCUUCCAUUCCAGCAAGUGAGGUUAAAGCCAGACUACAUUCUGAAGAAGGUGUUCCGAAAGGAUGGUCCACCGCUCGGCGUCGAGUUCGAUUCUCUUCCCUCUCACGCUUUCCAGUAUUGUAGAAAAGGCUCUAGAAAAUCUCAUCGUGCUUGCCAAGAAAAGCAAAGAGCUUUGAAAAGGAAGAAGGUUUGUGAGCCUACCAUCUUGAAUUACCAACUUUGCCACGAUGAGAGUGUUUUAGUGAAGAAACAUGGUAUAGGGAAAGGUUUGAUGAGUUCUCCACCGAAGAAACAUGGUAUCGGGAAAGGUUUAAUGAGUGCUCCAGUGAAGAAACAUGGUAUUGGGAAAGGUUUGAUGACAGUUUGGCGGGCAACAAACCCUGAUGCUGGUGAUUCUCCUGCUGUUGUUGAUUUUGGUGAUAGGGCACUUUUCCAAUUGCGUACUGCUAUAUCAACAAAACCAACGGUUCAGGAGAAGAAGAAAAGAGUGCGGCGGCUACAACCUGUAACACAAAGAUUAGUAAACAAGUCACGAGAUAAGAGAAAGCCUUCCACAAAAAGUAGAAAGGUGGAAUGUCAAAAAAUUGAGAGGAGGAAGCAGCCAUGCAAAGAAAAAUGUGAACUUGCUCUGGAAGGAGUGAGAUGCCAAGAAGAGCUUGGUCAGUUUGCAAUGCUUGUCGAUGAUGAGGAACUAGAGCUGAGAGAAUUACAAGCAGGACCAAAUCCAUUGACAUGCUCCGCUCAUUUUGCUACCAAUGGAUUGCAUGGUUGUUCCCUUUGCAAAGAUUUGCUAGCCAAGUUUCCUCCAAAUUCUGUGACGAUGAAGCAACCAUUGUGUAUGCAACCAUGGGAUUCCUCUCCUGAGCUUGCUAAGAAACUUUUUAAGAUCACUCAUGCUGUGAGCUUCAUGCUUAAGAAGAAAGUUUGUCAUGCUUUUUGUUUGUCUUGCUAA